AUGAACGUGUUCAACAGGGAGAUGAAGAAGAGGCAGAAGAACUGGGCUGCAUCCCUGCAGGACAGCCACCAGUACGACUACCUGAGGGACGAGGUCGGCAGUCGAGUGGCAGACCGGGUUUAUGACAUCGCCAGGACAUUUCCUCUGGCUUUGGACAUCGGCGCUGGGAAAAGUCACAUCGCAGAACAUUUGAGCAAGGACGUGGUGGAGCGUUUGUUCCUGACGGACGUCUCCCAGCGGACUCUGAGACACCAGAGACGAACUGAGAUCCCGACCCACUGCGUUCUGGCGGACGAAGAGUUUCUGCCGUUUAAGGAAAACACCUUUGACCUGGUGGUGAGCAGCCUGACUCUGCACUGGAUCAACGAUCUCCCUGGAGCGCUCAAGCAGAUCCAGCAGGUGCUGAAGCCGGACGGCGUCUUCAUCGGUGCGAUGGUGGGUGGGGAGACGCUGUACGAGCUGAGAUGUUCCCUCCAACUGGCCGAGACUGAGCGGGAGGGCGGGUUCUCCCCGCACGUGUCUCCCUACACCGCCGUCACAGACCUGGGCAACCUGCUGGGCCAGGCCGGCUUCAACAUGCUGACCGUGGACAUCGAUGAAGUCCAGAUUCAUUAUCCAGGAAUCAUGGAGGUCAUGGCGGAUCUGCAAGGUAUGGGUGAGAGUAACUGUGCGUGGAACCGGAGGUCGUUGCUGCACAGGGACACCAUGUUGGCGGCGGCAGCCAUCUACAAAGAGAUGUACGGGAGCGAGGACGGCUCCGUCCCCGCCACCUUUGAGAUCCUCUACAUGAUUGGCUGGAAGCCUCACGAGUCCCAGGCCAAACCGGCCAGGCGCGGCACGGCCACGGCGUCGUUCGGAGACCUGUCGAAGAUCGGCCAUCCCUCCGGCUCCAAGCAGGCGUAGGGCUGCAGGCCCACGGCGUGCCGGGAUGUCACCACAUCUCACAGUGCUUCCUUUUAACAGGAAGUUCUCUUUUGGAAAUCUAAAAAAAAAAAUUUUUUUUGUUUAUUUUGUAUAGUUCGGGUAAAUAUUGUAAAGAGUUAAAGGUGUUUUUGUGAAAAUGGCAGAAACAAAAUGUUGUCUUUACGUUGGGAGUGCUGUACCUGAGAAUAAAGUAGAGCAACUACA